AUGUCGGACGUUCCCGCUGUCCCCGACGUCCCGGACACUCCUACCGGCGCGACCACGCCUAAGGAACGACAUUCUCUUACCCUUGAUCAACGUCGCGCUCUUCGUCGUUGGGCACACUCUCAAACUACCCGACCUUCCCACAAAGCCUGCAUUGAAUGGUUCUAUAGUCAAUACGGUCAGAACAUUAGCCAGAGUACUAUCAGUCAUUCAUUAUCACCUAAAUACGCGCGUCUCGACAACGAUAAUCAAUUCAGCGGAUCACGUUUGCGUUUCGGUAAUUGGCCUGAUGUAGAGAAGCUUGUUCUUUUAUGGCACAGCCAAGUCGUCGCCUCUGGUCGCAACCCUUCUAACGAGGAACUUGCCGAAAAAGCAAAAUCAAUCUUUCAACAACUGCCCCGUUACAAGGACGAAACUCCUCCCGAGUUCUCCCCUGGCUGGAUUCAUCGCUUUAAGAAACGUUACGGCUUACUCAUUAGACGCCAACGCCGCCAUGGUAAUGCCUCUAAUCCUGCUGAUGAUAUUCCCUACCUCAUCGACGCGGUUCCACGUUUCAUGAACAUUAGUGCCGAGACCAGCCCAGCUGCCAUUCGCGACGCGGUUCUUCGCGUCGUCGGCGUCGAAGCUAGUCUAUCGACUUGUGCUCAGGUUCGUGACGAAGUUGUUCGUCGCCUCGAGAACCCCUCUCCGGCCCCUCUCCCCACCCUUGCCGGCGCAACUAUCAACCCUGCCGAGCCCAACGCUUUUGCAGGCACCGAAGAUCCUGAGGUGGUACUUCAGAACGCCCUACGUGCCAUGCAGCAAGAAGAAGAGGACGCCGAGGCAGAGGCCGCUGCCGUCCGUGAGCAGCGCGAGCGACAAGAACAGGGUCUCCCUCCUAUCGCGCCCAGCCUGCAAACACCCGUACCUCAGCAGCGCAAUAGCGCACGCUUUACUCCUGCCGGACCUGAAGACCCCGCCUUAACCUUGACGCCUAUCUCAAGCGGCAACGCCCUGGGUGGUGCUGAUCGUCCUAUUCGAUGCCCCUUCUGCGUCAACCAGCGCAUGCUUCGAAGUAUCAAAGAGGCAGUAGAGCAUAUGAGUACCCAUGUUGUCGUUUAG